AUGAAUGAUUGCAGUUCGACCGAGGAGAAGGGGGGCAAAAAUGCAAGCGAAGGGAAAGGAGAAGAAGGAGAAGAAGAAGAAGAAGCCUCGUGCAAGCGAGGAGAGGGAGAGGCGGAGGAAAAGAAAAGAAAAGCCCUAGAAGGCUGGCCGGCGAUUCUGCUUAUAGAAGCUUGCUGGAAGAACAGUCCUUGGUCACUGGUACAUGGCUGGCAGCCCGGUGGAUGUGCCUGGGCCCGGAGUACCAGCGUACCAGACACUCUGGCACUCUGUACGGAGUACAUCAGACCAAGAUACUCUGUACAUCGCGGUGGCAGCCAUGAUGAUGAUGGCCAACAACAGGCACAACGGGUGAAACAGCCCUCCUCUUGUGCUGAGCCGGUGGAGCAUGCUAAGCGGAUCCGUCGAGGAGCCAUUGUCCAAGGAGAAGAGGAGGAAGACGAAGAGGGAGUCUCUUUGCCUUCCACAAGCGCAGAGGGUGCGUGA